AUGAAGGGGUUGCUGGGGCUUAGCCUUCUACUUCCGCUGUCCUUUGGAUAUUUUACGCCGCACUUUCGAGAGUACUUGGUAACUACUUAUGGCAAUGAUACGGCCAAGGAGCUGGAGCGAGGCGAUCUCGGAGAAGAAGGCAGUUACGGUGGAAAGGCAAACUCGACACAAGCGUUGAGGCACAAACCCGCAGUUCUGGUGCAUGGAAUCGGCACUAACGCUCAGAAGUGGGUACCACUCAAGAAUUACUUCAUGAAGAAUGGAUAUACCGACGCCGAGAUUUACGGCACCACCUGGGGAGAUCCUGACGAGAACAUUAUUUUUGUGUCGGUGCAGUGCACCUAUGUACGACAGGUGCGUACGCUGAUCGAGGCCGCCCAUAAUUACACGAAAUGGAAAGUCGAUAUUGCCGGCUUUUCCUUGGGGUCGGUGAUUGCGCGGAAGGCGAUUCUAGGUGGAUACUGUCAGGGUGAGGAUCUUGGAGGCCCGCUGACUGAUAUUAUCGACACCUUCGUUUCUGUAGCCGGUCCGAACCGUGGAUCGGCCAUGUGCGAACAGUUCACGAACAUCGACCUAUGUAACACCGACAAUGGCUUGGCGUGCGAUUCGUCCCUUCUGUACGAAUUGAACAACGUCGGUCAUCGGUAUGAAGGAAAAUUCUCAUUUGCCGUUCACAGUCAGAAAGAUGAGAAGAUUGGUAACUGGUGUUGUGGGGAGCGAUGUGGUUCGUUGCCGCAUAGUCAGCGAGAAUUUGGAAAUCAUCAGGAGCAUCACAAUUUGCUGUUGCUCAGGUCUACACGCUUGAUCUACGACCUUUUUUGGGAAGAUGGAAGUUUUGGUGGGAGGACGGAGGCUGGAGAAGCUAUUAAGCAUGAGCCAGUCAUCCUCGUUCAUGGAGUAAUGAACAAUGCAAUGCGAUUCUUCCCUGUCAAACAUUUGUUUAUGACAACCAAUAAUUAUUCUGAAGCGGAGAUCUAUGGAACCACUUGGGGCGACCCUGAUACCCUGUUGAUCGACGUUGUCAUCCAUUGUGAAUAUAUCAAACAAGUCAGAAAUCUAAUACAACUUGUCCAUUCCUACACCGACCGGAAGGUCGAUGUCAUCGGCUAUUCAAUGGGAUCCGUCAUUUCCAGAAAAGCGAUCCUCGGUGGCAGUUGCGAUGGGGAAGAUUUGGGCCGAGCAUUAACAGAGAUGAUCGAUACCUUUGUAUCCGUAGCCGGUUCGAAUUAUGGGUCAACAUAUUGUGAGGAUUACUCCUAUAUGGAUGUUUGUAAUUCGGUGAACGGGUUGAGCUGUGAUUCGGAAAUUUUGAAAGACAUCAACUCCCAAAAAACCCGCUAUGAGGGCCGAUACACCUUCGCGAUCGCCAGUCCCAUCGAUGAGAAGAUUGGAGACGACUGCUGCGGGAAUAAAUGCGCCUCCCUGCCCCGUGCCGCGCAGGAGUUUUGGGGAUUGAAGCUGAAUCACGAUAAACUGAUGCUUGGUUCUGGCGCCUUACAAAUCGAACUUGUCACCCAACAUCGACGCAUCAAAGCCCGACUCAACGCCAAAAUGCCAGUAACCCCUGCCCCGAAGGUCGACCCAGAAGCCAUCGAUUGGAAGGAAGGACAACUACCGGAAAAUACCCACCUCAGCAUUUCGAGCAACGCGAAAACGCCGUUAGCCCACAAAGGAACCGCCAAACCAAACCCUCUAAAGGAAACGAAACUGAAGAAAGACUUCGACAUCCUUUCAACGAUGAUCGGACAAGAACGAGCCAACCAAUUUGCGUUCGGAUUCUCUGGAGGGCCAACUGAUGAACUUAAAGUCAGCAGUGGCAUGGAAAAAAUGAUUAGAACGACGAACCCACCAAGGGAAUUAAUCGAAACUGGUUUUGAGAACACUGAGGUUCAACCUAGUUUCGGAAGAACGCCGGAAAUUCAAUCUGUCUUUGGCGAUAGCGGGCUUAUUGGAGGCGGAGGACGAGGUCCAUCUUCAGAACCUGACGACGCCAUCCAUAUCGAGGGUGCCGUGCAGGAAGAAUUGUCGCCGAGUCCACAAAUCGAAGAAAUUGCGCAAGAGGGGCUUCCAGAAAAGGUGGUUCACGUUGAUGCUCCACGAGAACAAGAAGGGCGACUAGACAGAGCGCUUGCUAGCUAUUUGAUUAAAAAGAACAAGAGAAGACUACCAAAAAAGACGGCUCAAAAGUUGCGCAUAGUUAGCUUGCACGACAGUGAAGCAUUUGCGAUCACCAAACCAACGCCAACUACAAGGGAGCCGAAGAAGUACAAGAAGCUUCGUCCUCAGAAGCGGAAUCUCAAGAAAUCCGAAUUGGCAAAAAAACGCGGGCGAAGGGGUGAGAGCAAGACAAAAGAAUAUAUCAGGGGUGAGCUGAAGCCAAAGGAAAUUAUCCGAUAUAUUGACUGCCCCGCAAAACAC